CACAUCGUCGUUUCGGCCCUAUGCUGCGUAGUCUGCUUGUGUUGCAUCAGCCUGGAAAGGGGAGCAGGGAAUCCUCGACGAAAAUGCAUUCCAGACGGCGAAGUGACGGCGGCCGAGUUGACAUGCGUGUCUAGAGCCAGUGCAGUGAGCGCAGAGUUCGUCCUCGUCAGUGUCGUUGCUGGUGAAGUGCGAGAGGCAGUGGAUAUGGUUGCACCGCAAGCUUUUAUCAUCACCGUUCCAGCGGCCGCUGGCGGUGACAGUACUGUGGAAUUGAACGCCCAAACGAUGGAGCCCCCGUCGAUCUCCAGCAGGAAACGGCGCCUGGCCCAUCUAUCGACGGAGGAGAAAAUGUACAGAAAGAAGUUAAAAAAUCGGGUUGCAGCUCAAACAUCUAGAGACCGGAAAAAGGCCCGUAUGGAUGAUCUAGAAGCCUCAGUCACUGAAAUGGCACAAGAGCUAGAAGCAAUGAGAAGACUUAAUGAAAGAAUGGAGGCUGAAAAUGUACUACUCAAACAACAGCUACAAGACGCCCAAGCUACCAAUGCUGCUCUUUUGGAGACAUUACUCGAGAAAGAAAAGUGUGCUUGCAGCAAGAAUCAGAAAAGCAACAAUCAGGUUGCCCCUGUUAGUUUCCCAUCCACCUUGUCACGACCUGCUGAGUCGAUGAGACACCCUCUGCUGAAGGGACCGGAAGGGAAACGAGCAGACAACCUGAAACGCCUGACGAUCUUGUUGAUGGCAUACCUUCUCUCCCCGAACUCCUCGCCGAUCUCGGAUCUGACGAAGAUCUGCCAGACCUUGGAGACUUGGAGCGAUUCGCUGAAAGCCUCUUACAAGAGGCCUUUGCCCAUGAACAGAAUUCUUCGAGAGCGGAGCAAAUGGUGGGGAAAGCACCAGAAAUCCUGGAAUCCAGUAGAUCAAGUAGCAGCCUAGGUACAGGAUCGGAGAUUGAAGUGCUUUCUACAGAGACCGCCUCUAGCAGUAUUGUCCGACCAACACGCAGAAGACUCCCAAAUCGUCAACCGAAGCAAAAUUUCAAGAAACUCUUGCCAAGAGAGGAACCUAAAAUUAUGAGUUCCCAUCAGAACCUGAGCUUUGUCACAGGCACUCCAACAUGUGUCACAUUGCCAAUGGUAUCACCUCAAACCGACAUACUUGCUAGUGCCUUAAACAAUGCAUUUUCCCCAGAUGAUUGUAUAACUAUAAUUGUUCCAACUCAAGAUGAAAGUGACUGCGUAAUUCUUGAAGAGGCUGUGCAAGAAGUUACAACAUCAUCUUUCCUGAUACCUUCAUUCAAAGAUGAGCCUUUGUCUCCUAGAAGUGACAUCAGUGCAGUGAAAUCAGACUGUGGGUAUGAAUCAUUUGGAUCUCCUCAUAGUGACGUUUCAUCAUCAGAAGCUAUGAGUGACUUGUGGAAUGAAAGUUUUACACAACUAUUCCCUAAUACAUUAAUGUAACCUAAUAGUAAUUUUUGUGGUCUGUCUACCCAAAGGUAGAAGUUUCCAGUUUUUGUUUUUUUUAAAUCAAUUUUGCCACUUUGGCUCUCUGAUAAAACUCUAUUGUUGCAUCUUUUGUGCUAGUUUGUACAUGUUGUAAGAUAUUAAUAUAUUUAUUGUAUAUAAUAUAACAGGGGGAAUUGAAUGCUGUGUCAGGGAAAAGUGACACCCCUUUUUGCCCUGACUUCAGGCAACCCUGUAUAAUUUGAGGGAACACCUUCUGCUUUUAAAUACUACUUUUAGCUUGGUCUCUUAUUAAACACUUCAAUGGUA